AUGGGCAUUGUGGCCUCGAGACAUCUGAGCGCGGCGGAGCUGCAACAGAUACAGACCGAGUCGGGAUUCUCACCGCAUCGCAUCGACUAUUUGCAUGGGCAGUACGAGUCGCUGGAGCGGGACGAUGAGGGGCGCGUGCUGCGCAGCGAGCUGUUGAAGGUGCCACCGGUGGCGGCGCAUCCGCUGGGUCAGCGGCUGGUCGACGUCUAUUUGCAUCCGUCGUGUGGCUUUCAGCAUUUCAUGCACGGACUCUCCCGCUUUCGACGCAGUGCAUCGCUGGAGCGCAAGCUCCAAGCCAUAUUGAGAAUGUAUGAUAGCGAUGGCGACGGACUGUUGAGUGCGGCGCAGUGCGAUGAGCUGCUGGGUCAGCUGCCGGCGACGCGACGCGAGCUGCGCGCCAUGCGCUGGAAGCUCAAAGCGGUAAUGGAGCAGCAGCAGGGCCGUCAGCAGGGCUAUGUAACUGGUGAGGAUUUGGCGUAUAUAACGCGCGGUGUGGAUCUGGAUCAGAGCCUAUCGCUGCGCUUCAAUUGA